AUGGCAGGGGCCGGUCGUGCUGGGCCUAGGGCGACCGCUAAGGGGGCGGACGAUCUGCAGUACCAGCUGCUCGACGACAACAUCGAUGAAGGGACGUUCUGGAAAGGUCCAUUGCUGGUCGCAUACGGCAUCGAGGAAAUGUAUAACGUGACCGGCCGUUCGAAUGCCGUUCGUCAGAAGGGCCAUUCGUGCAUGCCCGGAUGGCUGAAACGUCGCUGGUUCGACGUUCAGGGGACACACGUGUCCAUGGACAUUCGGGGCAUGUGGCCGAGCGACGUUCAAGCACGGGCCGAUGGCGUCGAAGGAUGGGUCGUUGUGGUGAGUGAGAUUUAA